AUGGCUGACGCAGACGUUCUUGCAGCGAGGAGAGGAAAAUCAGGUACGAUAAAAUACUGGAAAUUACCUUAAAUAUCAUUUCCUGUGGAUCAUAAAAUCGUAUUGAAUACGAUUUUAUUCCAGGUCAUAUACAAAGAAAAAGUAUAGCACAACGAAAACGCUUUGCAUUGCAAUUCAGAGACUUUAGCUCAAUAACAACGCUCAAAUUUAUUGGAUGUAAUAACGUACCCCAGAUUUCUAUACAGACAGCUGCAAUAGAAGCUACGCCUAAUCAAACAAAUUGCAUUAAGAUAGGAUGUUUAUUUAAGUAAAAGCGUUGGAAAAACGCCUCAUCUUUGGGGAAAAUUGCCCCCUGAGCAAAGCUAAUAAUCGCAAAACGCGAUCAAAAGAGAGGCCGUUUAAUUGAGGGUUGCUUACUCGUGUGUACGCGUGCCGCAAACAAAGCUAAUCUACCGAAUAGCCGAAAGUCGAAAAGUCACAUUACUCAGUGUCAAAUUACCAACUACUUGACAACUCUAUUUCAGAAGCCAAGCAAACAGUUCUGUGUAAAGUGUGCGGAGACAGAGCUUCUGGAAAGCAUUAUGGAGUAUUAACAUGCGAUGGAUGUCGCGGAUUCUUCAAGCGAAGCAUUCGCCGGGAUCUUGCGUAUCAGUGCAAAGAGAAUAAUUCCUGCCCUAUAGAUGUGGCCAGACGAAACCAAUGCCAAGCCUGUCGGCUAAAAAAGUGCUUUGAAGUUCGCAUGAACAGGGACGGUAAGCCAACUUAUCUUUUCUUUCCAAUCUAGUGAAAAUUUUAAAAAAAGCGUUUUAUCUUGCAAAUGUAAGCAGGGGUUAUUAGUCGGGUUACAGGAAGAGGACACGAAUUUCAUAACAAAGGCUUUUCAAAGUGAAGGACAAUAGGGCAAACUGAAAUGUUUAUCGCUCUUUGUUUUCAAUCAGCAUCCAAUACUCUUUUAAUGGAAAUUUUUUGUCUUUUCGCUGCUAAAAGAGCCUCGUUCGUUUCCUCUCAAUGUUUUGUAUUAAGGACUGAGCAUACCUGCUGAGACCACCUGUCCUAAAAUAAAAGAUUUGGGCUCACCCAAAAAUGCGUUCGUCACAACAAAUUCGCACUAUUGUACAAUACUGCAGAGAUCUUUUAAGUUUCUACACGGAUCAAUGAAUACUUUAAAUUCUAUCUGAGGAUCUGUUGAUGCGCCUUUAAUGAUCGCUGCCUUGUUUACUCAAUUAUUUCAUCCAGCUUCGAAAACUUGCCGUGCAGAUCAAAAUGCUUUCUAAUGAAUUCUGAAUGAUCAGCGGGUUCUAUCAGGUUGUAUCAAUUUGUUGUAGGUUCUGCAUAAAAACGGUAAUUUUAGUACGAGUUAAGCGCAGUAAGGGCAGCCAUGUUCAUAACGCGAUAGCUUAAAUAAAAGCCGUUGCGAAACGACUUUGUUUAUUUUGACAAUUUGCCCUAACAAUACCUGACCUCACAACGGCGUUUCAAGAUAACCUUCCCAAUUUAUACCUCAACUCAGGGUAGCUAAUGCAAUUAUCCCAAAAAACCCCAUUAAUUAUUGUUUACAUGUUUUCUUUCAACGAAUGGACCCUCCUUUUAUUUGCGACAAAAUUUUCUGUGCGCUUCCGAACUUCCGAUUCGACUGAAAAUAUUUCUUUGCCCAUCGCCGCAGAGUAAUCUAUUAUUUAUUGCGUGUACUCAGCCCAAUCCGAACUGAGUGGAGGUAUUUCAAGUCGUCUCUUCUGAGUCGCGAAACUUCUAAAGUUCUUUGAUCGUUUUAGCACAAAGAACAAUUUAUACGCCCAAUUUAUUUCGAACUAUGAAAGUCUUUCUUUAGAAACCUCACCACAGUGCUGUAUUAUGCAAAAUUAGCGUUGUAUGGAACCGUGGUGAUUAAUAAUUCAUUCCAGUGUUUAAAGACCGAAACAGAAAACAAACCCAAUGUAAAAUAAAAAACUACUUAAUAGAUGCUUUUUUGGAGCUAAAAGACAGUACCAGAGCUUUUGUCUUCCACCACUGAUCAUUUUCGCGGCAAAUACUUGAGGUCAAAGAAUUCGAGCUCUGCUGAAUUUUCACCACUGAAAAGCUUCCGCUCUGAUUCAAGCGCUUUGCAUUCUAAGAGAGAACGACUACAGAAUAUUUCUAAUCGCGAGAAAUUUUUCCUUCUCUCUCCCGUGCAAGAAACUUUUCAAAAGUAAAAAUAAAUAGUCCUGUAGGGCGCUGGAAAGUGUCGAAUAGAUUCCAAAAGUAUUGGAUUUUUUCCAUUUGGAAGCUAGCCUAUCCCGUUUCUUUAUCAUUUCAACGGAAUUUAAAUAAUGGAAAAAAGUUAAUCAGGUAUAAACUUGCGUACCAAUGCAUGCAUGGUUUGUUCCCCCGACGCGCAUUGUUCUACCGCGGUUUGUCAACAUCCGUUUCUUUGUAGAGGUUUUUUUCUGAUUUAUUGCUGAAAUCAAGAUCAAAGUCACGUUUCAAUUAAUUGGCCUUGCUUUUAAACAUAUCUCAGCGAAAAUUCAGCGCGCAAAUUCUUUAAUAUUCGUCAGUAUGUCGCAGCUAAGUCAUUGUAAAAGAAUGAAGUUGAAAACGCAUUAUGAGCUUUUCUGUCUUCGAGGAUCAACGCUGUCCUGUGGAAUUCAAAAAUGAAUUAGGCCAAACAAAACAAACAUUUCAAAGCCCUUGUUGUCUGUUAAGUAUAAGGUCUUCAAAACGAAGGUGUCCCACCUUGUGACUAAUAAGCCAAUCAGAGUGAGAGAAAUUCUGAUCUCCAUGAACAGCAGCUGAAAGUUAAGAAGACUGCUUUUGACAUCAAGAGUGAUUUGAGAGCCCCUGGGGCUCAGGUACAUUAAACGGGUUUACUAUUGUGAUGUCACACACUCUGCUGUCAUUGGUAACUAAUUGGAGAGGUUUUUUGUCCACCUCAAUUGGGCUAUCAUUGUACAGCAUAGUUCUCAGGUCGGUAGUUUUUUGAAAAGGCAUGUACAGUAACUCUACUAUGUUACAUCACUGUUCGUGCGUGCCAAAAAAAAAAAUAUAAGUUUUUUAAGUUCGUUGAUUGCAAAUUGUGUCGAUUUUCAUGAUCCUCGGAAACUUCCUGAUUCUCCUUUGGCCGAUGAUUGGCUCUAGCAUCAAACUAUCAUUUCAGGGUUCAAUUCCAUAAAAAAGUAAUUCUGAAUAACUAAAAGUAUCGGGAUGUGAUUUACUUCCUUAGUUCAUUUUCAUUCAAUAAAAUCAGUUCAAGACUUGUCGGACAUUGUAGCUGGUAACACCAGACUGGAAGAGAACAAUGAGCUUCUGAACUAGAAUUUGCGCCCUUGAUUUCAUUUAAAUAAAAUGUAGCUCGAAAAGUCUAUGCAUUUGGGAAAUUCAUGACACGUGUUGAUGGAUAGGAAAUUACACCCUUAGUAAUGUAAUUGUAUUACACUCAAAAGCUCUCUCAUCAUUAUCGGGUUUUGUUAGAACAAAGAGAACUUUGUGGUAAAGACAGGAAAAUAGCGUUUGACUGAAUACUUAGCAAAGCUUAAAACUAUAUCAAAAAGUUUGUUUUGAUUAAGUAUAGCCAGAAGACUAAUUAAGUUGAGCACAGAAAAAAAUAAUUUACAGUCAAUUGAAACCAAACUGAGAUUAUGUAAAGAGCGUGAUUCGAUUUUGACCAAUCUUUGAACUCAACUGUCUUUCAUAACACUCUAGGACAGGAAACCCAACCUUUAAUUUUAGCAUGUGUCUUGCCAGGGUAAAUAAAAGGCGCAAAUAAACAAUUUCUAUAAAUUUCUAUAAAGUUUUAUUUUAAGUUUUUAUUUUCGAUUAAGUGUAUAUUGCCCACUAAAAUAUUUGGCGGCAUGCUAUCUUAUUAUUAUGAAUCAGUUCGUUAACGUUUGUCCAGUUUUAUAAGCUUAUGUUAUGACUGGUUUUCAGCCGUGCAACACGAACGUGCUCCGCGUACAAAUCAGUUCAAACAGGCGUCAAACGAAGAAAUCCGAUGCAAGCCUCUGAAGAGGAAACAUAACAGCUACGAGCAGGAGCAUAUGGAUCUCCCACCAGGCCAAAUCCACGUAACUCCAAAGAAAGAAAAACUUCUGGACUCUCCUGUUACUCCGGAACCUAUAUUCUUCAGGAACAGCCCGCCCAGAUAUACUAUGGAACAUAAGAGCGCCUUCCUCAUGGGAUAUUCAAACGCCGAGAGCCCAAAAGACGUCCCAGUGGCUGUUUCCGUGGCGACUGCAAUGACACCUCCGCACACGCCCCAGCAUGGACAACAGGUGCCCUAUCCAAUCAUGUAUCUUAGCUCACCGGAAAUGCUGCACGAGUCCGCCGUGCGGAUUCUAUUUAUGACCGUGAAAUGGGUUCGCAACAUUCCGACAUUCUUUGAUCUUCCAUUCCGCGAUCAGGCGAUCUUAUUGGAGGAGGGCUGGAGCGAGCUUUUCAUUCUAAGUGUCGCGCAAUGGAACUUGCCCGUGGAGAUGGGAACUUUGCUCGCGGCUGCGGGAUUGAGCCCGGAGCGGGAUAACUCGGACAAGUCAGUCUGCGGGAUGAGUGAGAUCAAGGCAAUGAAAAAUAUUGUGGAAAGGUUUAGAGCAGCGAAUAUAGACCAGACGGAAUAUGCCUGCUUGAAAGCCAUCAUUCUCUUUAAGCCUGGUAUGCUGACUUUUUUUUUAACUUUAUGUUUGUUUAGAGAAUAAAGAGAGUCUCAAUGGCGUUUACUGGUAGCCGUAAGAUGGCCAAAAACUACAGCUGUUAGGCGUAAAAUUUGACAACUUUUCAAGCGAUAGUCGUAAAAAAAUAAACCGUAAAAAAUUCCGGUGAAAACAAUGGAAUGAUGUUAACCGUUAGCCUUAAAAUGGCCAAAAUUUUAACCUUAAGCCGUAAAAUCUAUUACUCCGAUGAGACCCUUAUUCAACAACUCCUAUCAAAUUUUUUUCUUUCCGAAUGGUUUGAUAGAAUUUGAAAAGUCACCCCUCAAUAAUGUUUUGCUCUUCAUAUUUACAAUACUAAGUUUCUAAAAUCUUUCUGCCGCGCUAUUACCAAAAUGCAAAAACUUAAGCCUGAAAUAGCGGAGAGUUCAACCGAUAUAUCUGGGUUUCCUAGACAAGAUUUAAAAUACCAAACUUGAAAUUUUUGGCUCUAUCUGUGAAUAUGGAAAGGUAGCCACGUAAUGUAAGUGAGCGUAGUCAUGGGACGGACUGUUGUUGGUUGCAGUGACAACUUGAGCGCAAGUCAUCAACAAUUCUUUUCAAGACUACUCUGCACGAUCAGACCACGAGUUCAAUGUUACGCUUGGUUUUAAACCAUAUUCUUUACUAAGACAAACAAACCGUGAUGCUCAAUGAGGGCUAUAAAAGAAAUAAUAUAAUAAAAAAUAAUUAAUCGCUAUGAAAUCAUUUAAGCUUAUUUUUUUUCAUUCUCGCUGUUACAGAUAUUAGAGGACUAAGAGCCCCGAGUCACGUUGAGCAACUUCAAGACCAAGCGCAAAGCAUGCUGGGAGAAUAUGACCGCCAAACAUAUCCAAACCAGCAAGUUCGCUUUGGACGAUUACUCCUCAUGCUACCUGCAUUGCGAGUGCUGUCCGUAAAAUGCAUUGAGCAGAUGUUUUUUCGUGGUACGCUUGACAACAUCCCAAUGGAAAGGCUCUUAUCAGACAUGUUUAAGUCCGCAUAAUUCGUCUUCAAAAGUUGGUUUUGCAAGAUUCUACACCCGGACGUAUAAAUUCGCCUGAAACGGCGGAAAAAUAAAUUGAAACGCAAAAAAAUAAACGCUCGCGAAGUGAGCGACGUAAGAGCGUGGGUUGAAAUCGGACAGUAACGGUGCAACAUGAAGAUUGCAAUGGAUAAUAUUCGUAGACUUGUCCGCGGAGAAUUGAAGAUGCUCCUUCAAACUGAUGUAUGGAAGGAUGGUGAAUUGUAAUAUUGCAGGCUACGUCUGGUUUCGAUGACUUCCGAUUGGAAACCUUGAUGGAAAGGAGAAUAAAAUACAAGCAUAAUGUUGUCCGUUACUGAAUCAGACACAAUAAACAGUGACUACAGCAAGAGGAAAUCAUUUCACGUUCUCUUGCUUUCAAUUUGAAUACCUAGAUAUUUUUAUCCUAAUUCAAGCUUCUUUUAGCUAUAUAUUUAGAGGAAUUUUUCUCCUUUCUUAAAAUAUCACGAAAAUUCUUAAAACAGUUUACCUCAUUUUUCCCUCAAUUAAAUUCUUAUUUUUACUUUAGCUUGAGUAUCACAGACUUCGUUUAGCUUAUUUUUCUUUCAUUUCUCUAGUAUUUUGCUUUUUCUUAAUAUUUCAAAAUUUUUUCUCUCAGAUUAGUCAGAAUUUUAUAUCUAAGGUUUUGCACUGUGCCAUUUAUAAGAAAAUUAACUACAUAAAUAACUAAGUUUUUUUUUACAUUUUAGCAAAAACAAUGUGCAAUGCUGAAAUUUUGGUGACUAAAAGUUUUGAAAGGAAUAGUGGAAAGUCAGAGAGCAGACCAUUCCUGCAAUCUGUCGAAACAACUCAAAAACACGUUUGAGAUGAACUGAGUGGUAUUUUGAAAACGGAGUUUAUAUGGUUAUUCUUGUUAAGAAUUUUAAUACAAAUACCGCGAAAGAGUCAUCUAAAAGAAAAGCUCUAGAAGCGCAAAAUAUAUAUGUAAUUAUCAAUUAAUAAUCAUCCG